AUGUCAAAUAAAGAUGAUGAAUCAAUUGAAAUGUUAUAUUCAAAAUCAUGUCUUGAUUUAAAUAUGGAUAUGGAAACAAAAUUUGGUGGAAAUCAAUAUAAAAGAACAUCAAAUCAAAUAAAUCCUAAAUUAAAUAUAAAAAAUAAAUUAAAUAAAUGUUCACAUCAAGAUUCAUAUUCACUUAUAUGGACAAUAUAUGCAUCAGCUAAAACAAUUUAUCCAUCAACUAUCAAUGAUCUUAUUGCUUCAUUUCAUUUACUUAUUUCUAGUUUUUUCUUUUAUUUAUGA